AUGAGAAGCAGCCUUGCGCCGCGUGCGAGAGACACGGCUUAUCGUGUGUCUACCAGGAACCUUCGGAAGUACGACGAGGGCGUUCAGCCGAUAAAGUCCGUCGAUACCCAAAGAGAUGAUCGUCAGAAAAGCUCAAAUGCCGACUCGUCAAUCGCGAGCCCGGAUCCAUUGCCGUACCUAGCCAAGUUCGUUACAGGUCAAGAGUCAAUAGAGCAGAGCACAUGGCUCACGGACCUUGAGCUGAUGCACCAGUAUUCGACAUCUACUUACCUUACCCUGCCGCGAGCAGAUGAACUUCGGCAAAUAUGGCAGAUUGAGUUGCCCAAGCUAUCCCUGAGCCAUGUUUAUCUUCUCCACCAAGUGUUGUCUGUAUCUGCAUUCCAUAUGGCCUCCCUGCACCCAGAUCGACCAGACUACGCUAUUUGUGCCUCACAACAUCAAAACAAGGCUAUCGCUGGUCUCCGGUCAGCUGUCGCGUGCAUCACUGAGGAGAGCUGCGUGGAGAUCUUUUUGUCAUCUUCACUGCUGGGCAUCGGGGCAUUCGCUGGUCUCGGCGCUCACAAUGCUGGUCAACAGCCUCGCAUUGACGAUCUUCUCGAUGUUUUUGUGCUUAUUCGGGGCAUGAGCGACAUCCUCAACAGAUACGAGCCACUGCUCAAGGAGAGCAGAAUUGGGCAUCUCUUCGUCAAAGGAAGCCAAUCUGGCUCGACGCCUCUUCUUGACGCCACGCUCACACAGCUUCGGCAAAUUGUAAUACCCGAUGGCUUCGAAGAUGUGGCAACUGCGAUAUGUCAAGAAUCAAUCGCAUCAGCAAUCACCUGGAUAGAGAAUCACAUCGGGGCAACGGCUACGCCCGACGAGCGAAUUGCCAUGACUUGGUGUUUGUCUGUAAGCUCGGGAUUUCUGGACCUCAUCAGACAGCGGCACCCUGUUGCGCUUUGUGUACUCGCGCACUAUUGUGUCAUCUUGGAUCGAGUUGGAAAAUCUCAAUGGUUUAUGAGGAAUUGGGGGAAGCCGGUCCUACAAGACAUACGGAAUGAAAUGGAACCACGAUGGUCGUCAAUGCUGCAAUGGUGUUUGGCAGCUGUUGAAUGUGAGAGAAAUGCUCAAGUGCAUUGA